GAUGGCAGUUGACCCUAUAGAGAAUGACGAUGAUGACAAAGAAAAUCAACUGCCAAUGGGAGAUGAUUUCAUUGAUACUGUUGAGGCAUCUAAUGAAUGGACUGUGUGGCGGGAUACACUUGCUAUGCAAUUGUACAACGAUUGGUUGGCUAGUGGGGGGGCUGGAUGAGAAUAGUUUAGUGUUUAUUUUCAUUACUAUUGUGCUCUACUUUGAUUUGUUAUUAAACCAUUUAAAUUUUUAAUGUGACAUUGCUAUGUAUUUCUAUUAAUAUUUGACAAUGUGGAUGUUGAAUUAUUUGAUGAGGUAUUUUUAUUAAUAUAUGACAAUGUGGAUGCUGAAAAUGUAUUUUUAUUAAUAGUUGACAAUUUAGUUUAUGAGUUAUUAAUAAUUUAUUGUGAUGCGAAUGAAAUGUUGAAUGAUUACUUUAGGCAUGGAUAAUGAGGUAUCCAGUUCUCGUAAGAAAAAGAAUGACAAGGUUGAUUCGUCAAAACAAAGGCGAAUUUGGAGCUCACGUGAAGAGGAUGCUCUAAUUUCAGCAUUGGUGUCCAUUGUUAAUGAAGGAAUGAAAGUUGAUAAUGCUUUCAAGGCGGGCUAUCUUGCUAGACUGGAAACUAAAUUGGCAGAUAUAUUACCUAGGACAGAUUUACGUGGUUGUCCCCAUAUUGAAUCAAAAAUUAAAUUAUGGAAGAAGCACUAUAAUUCUGUGUCCGGUAUGCUUGCUAGUAGUGGGUUUGGAUGGAAUGACACUGAAAAAAGAAUCGAUGUGGAGAGUGAUAGUGUAUGGGAGGCAUAUGUUCGGGUAAAGUUACCAUGAUGUAGACACUUUUUUUAUUUAUUUUUAUUUUAAUUGCUACAUGUUUAUGUAACUACUUUUGAAAUACACUUUCCUAUAUUAACUGGGAUUAGUUGGUCAUUGCAGAGGGACACUGAUGCAAAACACUUGAGGAACAAAACUUUCCCAUAUUUUGACGAAUGGAUUCAAAUAUUUGGCAAGGAUCGAGCUACAGGGGAGUUUGCUGAAGGGCCUGCUGAUGCAGUUGAGGCUAUGAAUGCUGAGGAAGAUGUGCUGUUGCAUGGCCUUGCAGAUAAUGACACUUUUCUUGACCAAAUGGGAGUAAAUAGUCACACUGGUGAAGGAAUGGAUUGUUCAAACUCAGCAACUCAGCGGGCUUGUGAGAGCUCUGCCAAAAAGAAAGACAAGAAAAGAUCAAGAUCUGAUGAUGAUGUAGUUGAAGAGCUGUCUAUCUUUGCUGACAAGUUGGUGGAUGUCAUGGGUAAAACCAAUGAGAAGCUGGAAUUCAUUGGAAAAAGGAUGGGGUAUUCACAUGAUGUCGCAUCAAAACGAGCAUCAUUAAAUGAUGAACUUACAAAGUUGCCAAUUACCGUAGAUGAAAGGUUAGAUGCUUGCGAAAUCAUAUCCCAUGAUGUCCAAAAGCUUGACAUGUUCUUCAGCUUGACACAUGAUGAUAGGCUGAGGUGGGUAAUGAGGUUGCUAAGUAGGAAUGCUCCAUAACAAACUUGUGACAUGUGAUGGGAAUAUUUGGUUUUUGGGUUAUGCUCCGUAGACUUAAUUGUUGUUUUUUUCUAUUCGUCAAGCACCAUAUUUUGUGGGUUAAAUUAUUAUAUCAUGAUUUGGUGCCUCUGACUCAUCUAGUCAUGGGAUGCUUUUGCUUUUGUUGUUGAAGGCUGCUAGUUGUAGGAACAAAUAUUUGUACCUACUGACAUCCUUAUGAACAUAUACCACUUUCAUGUUGGUUGUUGUUUUUAUUUUGGUUGCUGUGUAAUUGUUAAUUGGUGUGCUGUGU